AUGCGGAGUAAAGAUGAAACAGCUUCCGUUCAUGGGUGUUGUGUGUACAGUUAUGUUGUAUAUUGUCUACAGAACCACAAUAUCAACAGACAGAGGUAUGAUAACACAACUAAUAACUUCAAUGUUGUGACUGAAUCAGGUGUGCCUCCCACAAAUCUGGCUGGUUUGCCUCAUGUGGACUUAAAGCCUCUAUGGUCGCCACGUAGUUCAAACUCAAAGAUCAGUGUAUCUAGCCCUCAAAACUUGCUGGCAAUUCCGGUUGGAUUUAAACAGAAGGAUAAUGUCGAUACUAUCGUUCAAAAGCGAAUUCAGUUUCUUCCAGAUAAUUUUAUGAUCGUUUUAUUCCACUAUGAUGGCAAUGUGAAUGGCUGGUGGGACCUCGAUUGGAGUAAGAAGGCCAUACAUAUUGUUGCACAGAACCAAGCAAAAUGGUGGUUCGCCAAACGUUUUCUGAUGUUUUCUUCAUCUGGAGAAGAAUUCCUCAUACAAACAAUUCUACAUUGCGGCAUUUCGGUGAAUUCGAAGUACUUGGAAAUUGUGAAAUCAGGAGGACUGGAGAUAUCUCAACCAUCUUUAGACCCAAAUUCUAUUGGUAUACAUCACAAGAUUACAAUACGAAAAAGAACAAAGAAGUUUCACACAAGAAUCUACGAUGUCAGAGGCAGUGCGAAGUGUUCGGAUACUAGUGAGGAGCCACCAUGCACUGGCUUUGUGGAAGGAAUGGCUCCAGUCUUUUCAAGAUCUGCUUGGCAUUGUGUUUGGCAUCUUAUACAGAAUGAUCUUGUUCGUGGAUGGGGAAUGGACAUGAAACUUGGGUUUUGUACACAGGGUGACCGAAUACAGAAAGUGGGAGUUGUUGAUAGUGAAUAUAUCGUUCACCAGAGUAUACAAACAUUGGGUGGGACAUCUGCGAAAAAGGAACAUACUGUUGAUGCACGAACUGAGGUAAGGACCUGCAAUAUGCUCGCUGCAAACAAAUUAGGAGGCAAUCGACGUCAGAGCUUCGUAUAUUCAAAGAGCGCUGGGAACAAGCAGUGGAGGAGGACAAGGGGUGGGUUUAUCCAUUCAGAAGCAAGCGAAGAUGGAAGCGAUGAGGCUUUCAAGGCAGCUGAGUCCUUCGCCUAA